AUGGGAAAGAUCAUUUUUUACGAGGACAAGAACUUCCAGGGCCAGUGCUAUGAGUGUAGCACUGACUGUUCAGAUCUGCACUCAUUCUUUACUCGAUGUAACUCUAUCCGAGUGGAGCGAGGCUGUUGGGUGCUUUAUGAGAAAGCAAAUUACACUGGAUAUCAAUAUAUUCUGACUAGGGGAGAAUAUCCAGAUUAUCAGCACUGGAAUGGAUACAAUGACAGUAUUAAAUCAUGCCGGCUUAUUCGCCAUGCUACUGGUGGUUUAUACAAAAUUCGAAUCUAUGAAAGGCCAGAGUUUGGUGGACAAAUGGUAGAACUGACAGAAGAUUGCCCGUCUGUCCAUGAUCGUUUCCCUUACCGUGAACUGCAGUCCUGCCAAGUGAUAGAUGGAGCUUGGGCCUUUUAUGAGCAUCCUAACUACAGGGGCAGACAGUACCUGCUUGAAAAAGGAGAAUACAAGCACUACAGUGACUGGGGUGCAACAUUUCCCACUGUGGGAUCCUGCCGUCGUAUUAUGGAGUUCUAG